CAGCAUCAAAACCAACUUUACACAACAAGUACGUUUGUUUGAAGCGAAAAUGCGUUUCUGGUGUUUAACAGUCCUUUCUUUUUUGUUUCUUAGUCAAUUGACGACUAGUCAGCCAUCAGUUGGUAAAUUACAAGAAGGAUGUGAAAUAACUGAAUUUAGCGAAGUCCAAGUGGCUGUUGAAAUAUGCGACAUCCUUAUCAUCGACAGUGUUUUUGUGCCUGCUGGGAAAACUUUGAAUAUGAACUUAAGAGAUCAAGCCACCCUUUACUUCCGAGGAACCAUCACAUUCGGUUACGCUGAAUGGGAAGGGCCUUUAGUAGCGAUCAAUGCAAGUAAUGCAGUUAUUGAAGGAGAAGAUGGUGCAGUUUUUAAUGGACAAGGCGAACUUUAUUGGGAUGGGCUUGGCGAAUGGGGCAGCUUAAAGCCCAAGUUCUUCAUUAUGCAGCUACAUCUACAAUCAAGAUGACUGUGUGGUUGUCUACAGCGGGUCAAAUAUUUUGGUCGAAGAUUUUAUUUGCUACGGAGGACACGGCCUGAGUAUCUCAGCAGGGCAUGAUGAUGAAAAUGUCGAGCUGAAUACUGUUUACAAUGUAACAUUCAGUGACUCAGUUGUUACAGAGGGCAAAAAUGCGAUUCAUGUGAAAACCCAUGUCGAUGGCGGUAAUGGAAGAAUUGAGAAAAUUGUUUACAAGAACAUACAAAUCGACGGGCCUAGUGAAUACGGAAUAAACAUUCAGGAAAACUAUCGAAAUCUUCCACCAAACAGCACCAUGCCUGACGAGGCCAGAAACAAUAUUCCCAUUACAGACUUAAAGUUGAUUAAUGUUUUUGGUUCGGUUGAUAGUUGGGCGGUUCCAAUAUACAUAUUCUGUGCAGAGGGCGGGUGCUUUGAUUGGGAAUUCACCGAAGUUGCAGUAAAUGGAACUGAGGCAAAUAUGUGCACAUAUGAACCAACCGGAUUUUUUUGUAAAGAAUGUUCCGCAAAGAACAGAAUGGGCAGAAAAUUUGAUAAUUGGGCUCUUACUCUUUGUCUAUUUAAUUUGGAUUUAAAAAUCAAUUUAUCAGAAAUUGUUGAAACAAGCUCUGAAAUAGUCCAAGCUGAUUUCGGCAUGACUCCCUUAUAUUUCGUGUUGAGUGUGCUCUUCCUUCUCCAAGCAUCCAUCAAAGAUGCUAAAUCGGACGAAGCUUGUCACGUCACCCAAUUCUACCAAGUAGAUGUGGCUGUUGAAAUCUGCGACGUGAUAGUCUUGGAGAAUUUGUUCGUUCCGGGUGGAGAGACUUUGAACUUGCUGUUAAAGGAUAACACCACGGUGUAUUUCAGUGGAAACAUCACGUUUGGUUACUAUGAAUGGGAGGGGCCUUUGAUCGCAAUCAAUGCAACAAAUGCAGUAAUUGAGGGCAAAGAUGAUUCAAUUUUGAAUGGACAGGGCGAGCUUCAUUGGGAUGGACUGGGCGAAUGGGGCAGUGUUAAACCAAAAUUUUUCGUUAUGCAAUUACACAACAGCAUCAUGUCUAAUAUUCACGUGUUGAAUCCUCCUGUACACACGGUUUUGUUAACCGAUUCGACUAAUGUUGAAUUAAGCGGCUGGAAUAUCGAUGCAUCUGAAGGAGACGUGGAUGCCGUUGGAAGCGACAGAGCUGGACACAACACUGAUGGUUUCGACGUUUUCAACUCAAGCAAUAUUCUGCUGCAGGACUCCAUUGUCCAUAACCAGGACGAUUGUGUGGCUAUACGAUGUGGCACCAACAUCGUGGUAGAUAAAUUCAUCUGCUAUGGUGGCCAUGGACUGAGCAUAUCAGUGGGAUUCAGUAACGACUCCUUUGUACUGAACACCUUAAUAAAUGUGACCAUCAGCAACUCAAUCGUUAAGGGAGGGGACAAUGGAAUUCACAUCAAAACUCAUGUCGAUGGAGGAGAUGGAAUUAUCUCCAAUGUUACUUAUGAAAACAUUAUUCUUGAUGGAGCAUUAAAGUAUGGAGUAAACGUUCAGCAAAACUAUCGGAACCAGCCUGCCAAUAGCGGCAGCACUUUGGACCCAGAAAACAACAUCCCCAUUCUAAAUCUGGACUUGAUUAAUGUUGAUGGAAAUGUUGCUGAUUCCGCUACUCCAGUUUACAUUCUGUGUGCUGAUGAAGGAUGCUAUGACUGGAAGUUUGAGGACGUUUCAAUAAUUGGCUCCAAAGAAAGCAACUGCAACUACGAGCCAUCUGAUUACUAUUGCUAACAAUGAAUAAACCGAAAACAAUAAUAUUUCAAUUCUCAGCUAGAAACUACGAUAUAAUAAAGUUGUUACAAAAUAUAUUUCAAUAUUAGAAUUACACGACCCAUGCAUGUU